UAUUUAGCCCAGUACCCCACCCAUGAUGAUCACACCCUAGGCUAUCUCCAAGAUGCUUUGGAUGCAUCUCACAAACACAAGGUAGUGCUUAUUGAGCUGGGUGUAAGGGACCACUUCAAUAUUCCCAAAAUACACAGCCUCACUCACUAUAUCAACUCUACUCACAUGUUUGGUGCUAUGGACAAUUACAAUACUGAGGCUUUUGAGCGCCUCCAUAUCAAUUUUGCCAAGAAU